AUGAUUUGUGCUUCGAGAACGCGAUCAGGAGGUGCGAUUUAUCGAAGUGGUUUCCCAAACGAACGCAAUUAUCCUUUUCUCAAUACACUUCAUCUGCGUACGAUCAUUUAUCUUUCAACCGAUGAAAUACGUGAAAAUUUACGUAACUAUGUUUUCGCAAACAGACAACGGGUAAAACUUUUACAAUUCCCCGUACAAGUCAAUAAAGAACCUUUUCAAGAAAUGGAUCAAAAUAUCGUUUUGGAAGUAUUGCGUGCCAUUUUGGAUAAACGUAAUCAUCCGAUCUUGAUUCAUUGUAACAAAGGUAAAUAUCGUGUUGGCGUAAUUACCGCCCUGAUCAGAAGGCUGCAAGGAUGGAACAUGACGAGCAUUUAUGAUGAAUAUGCCCGAUUUGCAGGCUCAGAUCGAAUUGCAGAUGAAGAGUUCAUCGACAUGUUCCCCAUCUCCCAAAUACGACCAGAUCGUAAACACACACCUGAUUGGUGCAUAAUACGAUGA